GUGCUGCGGCAGCCGCAGCGCCAGCGGCGGCUCGGGCUCCGGCUCCCGGGCAUUUAAAGGGGACGCGCGGCAGCCCGGGGGCUGAGGAUGGAGAUGGAGGGCGGGUGGAAGGAACGGGCCAAACGCACAUCGUCCAUGGCCCCUCCGGACCGGAGGGACUCGUGAGCCGGAGCUCAGAAAUCCGGGGGUGGAUAAGACCGCGUCUCCUCCAAUUCCCGUAAGCACCCCGGCUCCAUCCUGCGUCCACAUACCUCGGCUAGCCCCUCUCUCCACUCCUGACACUUCAAACUCAGCCGGGACAGACUUCGGCCGCCGCCGCUCCCCACGUGAGUCCUGGCUCCCUGAGCCUGUUAGAAAAACUCAGAGAUCCUGCCCCCCUUUUUUUGAGGAACUCUUUCAGAUGACACAAAAUGGUUUGACCAUUCAGGACAAAACUGCCGGAGGAGCUCUGGACAACAACUAGAGACCAACAAAGUUCCUACGCGUGGUGCUCAGGGUGAUGUACCAACAAUGAGCGGGUGUUUUCCAGUUGCUGGCCUCCGGUGCCUGUCUAGGGUCUUGGAUGUGCCAGCGCCUCUGGCCCAGGCCUGCUAACCAGCCUCUCCCGGGUCGGCGCCUGCCCGGCCCGCUCUCGCUUGCUCCUCCCUCCUCCUCCUGCUGCUCUUCUCUCCGCUGCUCCCAGGACGGCAGGAUGGCGGUGCAGGGCGCGCCGCGCUUCCUCCUGACCUUCGACUUCGACGAGACUAUCGUGGACGAGAACAGCGACGACUCCAUCGUGCGCGCCGCGCCGGGCCAGCGGCUGCCGGAGAGCCUGCGUGCCACCUACCGCGAGGGCUUCUACAACGAGUACAUGCAGCGGGUCUUCAAGUACCUGGGCGAGCAGGGCGUGCGGCCGCGGGACCUGCGCGCGGUCUACGAGGCCAUCCCCCUGUCACCGGGCAUGGGUGACCUGCUGCAGUUUGUAGCCAAGCAGGGCACCUGCUUUGAAGUGAUUCUCAUCUCGGAUGCCAACACCUUCGGCGUGGAGAGCGCGCUGCGCGCCGCCGGCCACCUCGGCCUGUUCCGCCGCAUCCUCAGCAACCCGUCGGUGCCUGACGCACGGGGGCUGCUGACGCUGCGGCCCUUCCACUCGCACAGCUGCGCGCGCUGCCCUGCCAACAUGUGCAAGCACAAGGUGCUCAGCGACUACCUGCGCGAGAGAGCCCAAGACGGCGUGCAAUUUGAGCGCCUUUUCUACGUGGGCGAUGGUGCCAAUGACUUCUGCCCCAUGGGGGUGCUGGCUAGCGGCGACGUGGCCUUCCCACGGCGCGGCUAUCCCAUGCACCGCCUUAUCCAGGAGGCGCAAAAGGCCGAGCCCAGCUCAUUCCGCGCCAGCGUGGUGCCCUGGGAGACCGCCGGCGACGUGCGCCUCCAUCUGCAGCAGGUGCUGAAGGCAUGCUGAGACUGCUGCCUGGAUGGGGCGCCCAGAGGAGAAGGGGGAGGGGAGAUCGGGAAAGACAAUCUAGUUUUAUCACCCCUUUUCCCCUUUCGCUUUAUUAUGUACCUCCAGGAAUUUCUAGAAUGCCAGGCCCGUCCAUUCCGGGACUGAAGGAGGGAGUUUGCAACCAUCCCUUCUAUGCAGUUAAACCAGCUCGGCUGCCUCCCUCAGAUCCACCGCAAACAGUUAAAUUCUGGAGUCUGGCCCAUCCCGGGUGGUACUCAUAUCUAAGACGGCAGCAGCGUUUCCAAAAACCUCAUCUUCCGAACUGGGAGGAAGAGGUUCCCCUGCAGGCGAGAGAACUUGAACCGCUACCUGGGCACCUAACCUCCUCUCUCCCAGUCUUAGGUCCAGGAAAAAUCUUUUCGCAUCGAACUGCGCACGGACGGAGAUGAAACUCUCCGCCGACAGCCCCAGGCCUAGAUCUUGCUUCACCUACCGCGACCCCACACUACAUCCCUUUUCUUGCCUCCCUUACGCCGCCCAGCCGGCCAGCAACCCCAGAGGAAAAAAAGCUGGAGGGAACGUCGCCUACUAGUGGUAGAACGAGGUAGCACACGGUCUGGCUCGGGUCGGGCCGGCCAGGGAUCUCGCAGCGGUGCCAUGAUGUCUCCUCGAACCCCAACAUCGUCUAUGCAGCAAGACCAGGAACUUAACCAAAGUCAUCCCCGCGGGCUGGGCCCUCUCCACGCCCAACUCCCGUAUGGAACAGAAAGCCAUGAUGUUUGAAGGCAGAGCCAGCGAAACCCAAGCCCCUCCUCUUUGGUGUUUUAGAGCUAUAAAGCAGGUGAUGGGGAA